AUGGACUACGAGCUGUCGCGAGCUUCCACUUACGAAAACAAGGGUGCUCGAACGACACUAGAGUUACCGAAGGCUUAUUCAAUCGACUUAGGCAGCAGUCUGGACACACUCUAUCGAAAGACCAUGACUACGGUUACCUGUCGGACCUACAGGUCACAGGGUGCAGGACUUCUGAAGUCUGCACCCCUAGAGGAAAGGCCAUUCUCAAUGAAAGAGGAGCUUGUAUACAAUCAGUAUUCUUUGAUGCACUAUGUUCAACCUCUUGUGAUAUGGAAGUAUAUAAUUCCAGAGCGUCAUCAGCUAAAGGAACUCCUUAUUCCUGACUGGUGGCGUAAUGAAGCCGAGCUAUUUUGUCGCGAAUUGCGACAUGUGAGAGAUUUUCAAGUCUCACCCUGCGCAACCGUUUCUGUAAAUCAGAUCACAACAUCCACUCCUUCCCAGCACAAAACUCUCCUGUCCUUGGCUAUUAAUCUCAGUUCUAAUCCAGUGAACAUACUCCUCAACCCAACUAGAACUAAUCUUGAGGCCAACGUAACCCUUUCAUACAUUCAUGCAGUAACAAAAAACAUGCUUGAUAGACAUUUCAUAAAAGCAGUGUCGCGAGAACUGGCUUUUCAUAACAUAUCCAUGAGGAUUCAAUUUUCUAUUCCCACUUUUACCGAAGUCAUCUGUCCUACAGGAACUCAACUGAAAUAUCCACCUAAUCCUCUGCCUCAAAUUGUUUUCAAUUAUCCAAUGAACAUUUCAGUCCAAAGUGUAGACGAGUCGCCUAUCAGUCCCAGUGAGAGCGCAUACGCAUUGUCUGCAGUGUCAUUAAGCUGUGAGGCUUGUCCAUCUGGUCGGGCACCGCGAACGCCUUAUUCCUUCGCCCCAUGUUCACCCUGUCCUCGUGGGCUCUAUCGCGGAGAUACGGGUUGGCCUUCGGCCUCCGGCUGCCUGCAUUGUCCAGCUGGCUUUACCACUCUUCGAGAGGGCUCCACUUCCCCUGAAGACUGCGUUAUAGACGGGGGAGCCCUUACUCGAGCAAUAUUAGGGUUUGCUGUCUGGGCCUACCACAAUUUCAUGGAGCUCAUCGUAGCUGCUCACGAAGCCUCAAUGUCUUACACCAAACGUGCCAAUCUCUAUCUCAGCGAAGAGAGUAAAGUAAACAUGGCUGAAGAGUCCAUUCAUUGGAUUAAUCGAAUAAAGCCAGCUGCCCUCGCAGUGGGUAUUUUUUACAGUCUCUUUGUGCUUCUGCUACUAGCGCUAGCUCUCUACCGUCUUCAAUUGAUCUACCACUUUAAACGGACGCAUUCUAAGCACAUUUAUCUUCUACGAAAGAGCAUCAUCAUCGGUCAACUAAAUUCACAGGAUGAUGCGAAGGAUCUACUGCGAAAAGAUUUUACCGGCGUCGGUGAGCCACAUUUAGCACAAGCAAAUAGCUGA